AUGGUCCCCUCUCUCGCCUUAAAUGCUAUUUUGAUAUCUUCUUCUCUUUUACUCACAACCUUUCUUUUACAAUCAAAGAAAGGUCAUUUACGCUCAAAACGUGAAAAGUCUUGGAUAUUAACUGCAACUGCAACUUCAGUUGUAAGCUUAGGAGGUAUACCUUUUCUCUAUCAAGCAUUAAGAUCAAAAUGGGAAUGGAUCGAAAAAUUUAUGCCAAAAGAAAAUGUUUUGAGCAUAAUGAUAUUAUGGAUUUUCUUAACUGAAGUAAUAACUUUAGUUUCUCUAACUCCAAGGUGCGAUUAUUCAACUGCUAGUUUAUUUUCUGUAAUUUACGCUUUACAAUGUUGGUGGUCACGUCAAUUUAUUAAGCAACAAUUGAAUUUAAGAAAUCAAUUUAAAAAAUCAAAAAUUCUUCAAAGCAUUUUAUAUAGUCAUGAUGAAUUGGAAAAAGUAUUGGAUGAUUUACAACAAAAUCCUAUAAGGAAGAAUUUUGAACCUAGGGAUGGUGAGAAUUCUUCAUAUAUGAUACGAAAAAAAAGUAACCGACAAAGAAUGUUUCAAUUACAACCUAAUAUACCUACUAUCUUUGAGGAAGAUGAGUCUGAAAUGCAAUUUGAUUAUGUAUCUAAUGAAAUUACGAAUUCGGAAUAUGGUUAUUUAACAACUAUAAUUGAGGAAGAUGAAGAUGAAUCAGGUGAUAGUGGAUAUAAUAGUAGUAAUGAAAAAUUUUCUGAUCCUUAUGAUGAACAAUUCUUUAAUGUUAAUGGAUUGGAUUAUUCUUCAAUUAAACAAUCUCCUCAGAUCCUUACAACUUUGUAA